GAUCACAGUACGGGCACUUCAGUCUUGAACUCAAUCGAGGAAUAGUCGCAGUCGGCUUGAGCGAACAAAAUUUUUGAGUAAAUCGGUUCAUAUAGAAAAAAAUAAGUACAUAUAACUGCCGGACCAGAACAUAACGAUCGUUUUCUUGUGUAUUAGUUGGUGAGAGAGUUAUUUCAAAAGCGACACGAAAAUGUCAGACAGAAAGGCUGUAAUCAAGAAUGCUGAUAUGUCUGAGGAGAUGCAGCAGGAUGCUGUUGACUGUGCAACCCAAGCUCUUGAAAAGUUCAAUAUAGAAAAGGACAUUGCAGCCUUUAUUAAGAAAGAAUUUGAUAAAAAGUACAAUCCAACGUGGCAUUGCAUCGUAGGUCGCAACUUUGGAAGCUAUGUGACACAUGAAACAAGACAUUUUAUCUAUUUUUACCUGGGUCAGGUAGCAAUUCUCCUCUUCAAGAGUGGAUAAAUUGGAGUCUAUUCUGUAAUCACCAUCCCUUCUUCCUCCCUUCACACACGCUACAUGGAAAUACCUUAAAUCACGUCACCGUCUGUAAGAAAAAUUACAAUACUGUGUAUAAUGGAAAUUUGUUUUUCAAACAAAACAUGCACUCCCAGUUAAACAAAAAAGUAUAUAACAAUCAUCGGUACUAUUGACUUUACUGUUUUACUUAUCUCAGGAGAUAAGACAAUGACAAAAAAUUCUGUAGAAGUUAUGGAAAAAAAGGGUAGGGAGAUGAUUAACUGAAUGAGAAGAAAACGAAAAAAGUGAAAGAAACCAAUUGACAUACAAUCUUACAUGUUAAAAUGUAUUGUGUAUGCCAGAAAAUUUGUUGUGUUCUUGUUUUAUAUUAGGUAUAUAUAAUGCGAGGUUGAGUUCAGUACUGGUGAUUUUAAAUUAAUAAAUUUUUAGUGUUCAAUACACUAAGUGCACCUAAGUAUAAUGUAACAUUCAUAC